CGCUGGUGCGCAUGCUCGGCGGCGUCCGAAGCGCGCGCGCAGGCCGCCUGAGGAGACGAGCGAUGGCGCCGGGGAAGAAGGAGGAGGAGGAGGAAGCGGAGCGGUUGGAGAAGGUGUCCCUGGUUUCCCGGGCCAUCCGGCCCUUCCCGGACUUCCCUAAACCAGGAAUCCUCUUCCGCGACAUCACUCCCUUGCUGAAAGACCCUGACUCCUUCCGGGCUUCGAUUGAUCUUUUGGAAAGUCACUUGCAAAAAACUUUCCCCCAGAAGAUCGACUACAUUGCAGGCUUGGAUUCUCGUGGUUUCCUGUUUGGCCCAUCCCUGGCCCAAAGGCUGCAGAUCGGGUUCAUUUUGAUCCGGAAAAAGGGGAAGCUCCCGGGACCCACCGUGUCCACGUCUUACGAUCUCGAGUAUGGAAAGGCCGAACUGGAAGUCCAGACCGACGCGUUGGAGCCGGGGAAGAAGGUGGUCAUUGUGGACGAUCUGCUGGCCACGGGAGGUACCAUGGGGGCUGCCUGUGACUUGCUGAGGAAGUUGAAAGCUGACAUCCUGGAGUGUGUGACUGUGAUCGAGUUAACGACUCUGAGAGGGAAAGAGAAAGUGAAACCCGUCCCGCUGUUCUCCCUGCUGCAGUUCGACUAGAGGCCUCGGACCUCCCAACUCCCCACCGGGCUCAAACCGGGGCGGGCGAGGGGGACUUUUCAAGCCAAAGAUUUCUAAUAUAGAUUUUUAUUUUGGGCUAGAAGCCCAGAUUCCCAGCCCUCACUUAGCUUGGGAUGUACGGAGGGGGUGUCUCCCAGGGCGGGGACUCGGAGUGAGUUGUGCAGUUUGGGAAGCUGGGCCUCCCCGGGUGGUCCUGAGACACCCAACUGGGUGGGCUUCAGUCCCCCUGGAGUCCUGAGCAAGCUAUCCAAGCUUCCCAACUCACUCCCGUGGAGCCUGCCCGCUAGGAAAAUCUGGCCCCGGAGAGUCGGGGGAGGUGGGAGGAAGGGAGACCCUGAGCUCCGCCCCAGGCUGGAUCCGCGCUUAGAACAGUGUCUGCCACAUAGUAAGCGCUUAACAGAUACCAUCGUUAUUCCCGAAAGAGAAAGUGGAGACUGGUGCCCCCUCUGCUUCCCAUACUCCCCCCGAAUGAAUCCCAGUCCUUGUGGUUUUCAGCAUUAAAUCACCCCCAUUUUCAGGAGGAUAUCUGUUUCCCUUCGGCAGCUCAAGUCUCUGCUGCCUGUGUCUCCAGACUUCCUGCUUCCCAAAGAGGGUGCGGGCAGACAAACCGGCCUGCUCCAUCUGGGCGAGGGGUGAUGCCUUCUUGAGGAGAAGGAAGUUAGGAAUCCUGACCUAAGGGCUAGUGGAAAGUGGCCCUGGUUUUUUACUCUCUUGCCUUACAGCUGUAACUCUUGGCCCAUAUCGUACAUCUGUCGCUUCUCAAAACAAUGAUAACCUUGUGCAAGCUUUAGUAAUGAUGCUACUGAUUAUUUAGCAAUCUUAGUAAAAUUAGUAAUCCUCUAGACUCGUUGUGUGCAGGGAAUGCGUCUGUUUAUUGUUAUAUUGUACUCUCCCAAGUGCUUAGCAUAGUGCUUUGCACAGUAAGCGCUCAGUAAAUACGAUUGAAUGAAUUUAAAGUUUACUAUGUGCCAAACGCUGUGCUAAGCCUUGGAGUAGGAGGCAUAGAUCAGACGCAGUCCCUGACCAACAGCUUUAGGGGAGGGAGAGCUACAAUUUAAACAGGUUGAAACUUGGAAGCCGCUGCCUCAGCCUUCUGGACUAGAAGCUUGUUGCGGGCAGGGACCGUGUCUACCACCUGUUAUACUGUAUUCACAAAUGCUUAGUACGGUGCUCUGCAUACACUAGGUAAGUGUUCAAUAAAUACCGUUGAUUUUUUUA